UUUACAAUUAUGAAAUGUUGCAAAAAUUGUUACAGGAGUUCCCCUCGCAUUCGAUAGCGCAACUGAAAAUGUCGAAACCUUUGUUCAUAUUUCUGGCUCUGGCCGUGUUUUCUUGUGCUAUUUUCGGAGCUAACUGCCAGACAGAGGUACCAAAGUAUCGCAUAGAUUUGGACCAACCAGCUGAAACCCACUGGCUAAAAAUUGGGCAUGAUUUUGCAACCUACACUCCAUACCUCGAAAAUAUGCUGAAGGAAAAAAUUCCGUCCACAAUUUUUCCACUGGCCGAAAAAGUUGCUUUGUAUCUGGAUACUAUUUUCGAAGAGCCUUAUCCAGGAGAGUUAAGAGGUGUAUCAAAAGCUGUGAAUAUGACUCUGCCCGAUGUGAUCUUGCUAAAUCUGUACUAUGACCUUACGGCGUAUUGCACUAGUAUUGUGGCUCAAGAUGAUCAAGGCGAUAUAUACCAUGCACGGAACUUGGAUUACCACGAUGCUGCUCUUUUGAGAAAUAUAAGUGUUCACAUUGAUUUUAUCCAAAAUGGAAAGGUUGCCUACAGUGGUGCCACAUUCGUAGGGUAUAUUGGCAUCUUAACAGGCCAGAAACCACUCGCCUUUACAGUGACUUUAGAUGAAAGAGAUAAAGGUUUUGUUUGGGAGAAUGUUUUUAUGCUUCUUUUGGCAAAAACAACACCGGUUGGUUUCUUUCUAAGAUCAUUACUUGCAAACAAGGACAGCAAUUUUGAUUAUGCAGUUCAGCAAAUUUCCGAAGUUGAAAUGAUUGCACCUGCAUAUAUCAUUGUGGGUGGAGUGAGGAAGGAAGAAGGAGCUGUUGUUACAAGAAAUAGAAUUAAAGCACUUGAUGUUUGGAAACUAAAUAUCUCCGAGGGCAGAUGGUUUUUGGUUGAGACAAACUAUGACCAUUGGCUGCCUCCGCCGUCAGGAGAUGACAGACGGGAUCCUGCAAUCAAGGCAAUGAAUGAAAUGGGGCAGCAGAAUGUAGGAGUUAAAGGUUUAUUCAAUGUCAUGUCAACAAAACCAGUCUUGGGUUCAUCUACUGUAUACACUGCAAUAAUGUCUGCAAAAUUUCCAUCAGUGUUCACUACUUGGCGAAGAGAUUGCUGCACUUAGCCUAGUACUUUGCCUUCACA